AUGGAGGUGGCGGGUGAGGCAGGAGUUCUCAUUCUUCUCCUUCUGCUCUCCUUUUUGAUCAUCUCAUCAUUAAAAAUGUACCAGAAACAAAGCCAGCUACCGCCAGGUCCUACUCCAUUGCCCUUUGUGGGGAACCUCCUGCAGAUAGAUUUCAGGCAUCUGUCCAAAUCAUAUCAAAAGCUCACCAAGCAGUAUGGCCAGAUAUUCACCAUCUGGAUAGGACCAAAGCCUAUGGUGGUGCUCUGUGGAUACGAGGUUGUGAAAGAUGCUCUGGUUAAUUAUGCUGAAGAGUUUGGUGGGCAAAGUAGCCAACCUAUACUUGAAACUGUGACCAAAAAUUUAGGGAUCAGCACCAGGAAUAAAAAGAAAUGGAAGGAACUACGUCGCUUCACUCUCUCCACGAUGCGGAACUUUGGGAUGGGAAAGAAAUCAAUGGCUGAACGGAUACAGGAGGAGGUCCAUUGCCUGGUGGAAGUGAUAGCAACUACUAAAGGGCAGGCCUUUGAUCCAACAAAAAUGGUCUCAGCUGCUAUGUCUAAUGUGAUCUGCUCUGUUCUCUUCGGGAGACGGUUUGACUACCAAGAUCAAGACCUCCUGGAGUUCCAAAGUACCAUGGAGAACUUUGUGGUCUUCUCUGCCACUUUAUCGGGACUGAUGUUCAACAGCAUUCCAAAUGUAAUGAAGUACCUUCCAGGAAAGCAUAAGAAGAUUCAUUCAGAUUGUGAAAAGCUGUGUGCCUUCAUCCGUAAGACAAUCAAAUCUCACAUGCAAAUCCUGGAUCCUCAAAACCCUUCUGACUAUGUCGAUUGCUUUCUUACCAGGAUUGGGAAGAACCUAAAUUCUGCUGGUGACAGCUACACAAUAGAAGACCUUGUCAUGACCAUCUUCAUCCUUUUUCUGGCAGGGUCACUGUCCACAGUACAUUUCUUGCUUUACAGCCUCCUGAUGAUGAUGAGAUUCCCACACAUUCAAGCAAAAAUCCAGCAGGAGAUUGAUGAGGUAAUAGGUGCCAACCUCAGCCCUGGCAUGAAAGACCGAUCAAGACUGCCCUACACCAAUGCUGUUAUCCAUGAGAUCCUACGUUAUGAACCAAACAGAGAAAAUUUCUUCCCACGGACAGUGACUCAGCAAACAAAGUUCAGGGGCUACAUCAUCCCACAGAACACCACUGUUUUUCCAAUGAUAAUAUCAGUGCUGUUUGAUCCACUGCAUUGGGAGUCCCCAAACAAGUUUAACCCAGGGCAUUUCUUGAAUGAAAGUGGUGAGUUCUGGAAGAGAGAUGCCUUCCUGCCUUUCUCACUGGGUAAAAAUGUGUGCCCAGGAGAAUCACUGGCUCAGAUGGAGCUCUUCCUUUUCUUCACCAACCUGCUCCAGAAGUUCACCUUUCAGCUGACUGGAGAUCAUGAAAAGACAGAUCUCAGUUCCAAAUGGUCCACUUUUGUGAAUAAAAAGGAGCGGUUUCCCCAGAUAAAAGCAGUUAAACGCUGA